CUGGUCGUCGCUGGUCGCUCUCCCGUCUCUCCCUCUUCCGCCGCUCGUUUCGACACCCCAAUAGCCUCGUUCGAGACCCUCCUGUCGACACCCACGCGUCCCCGCCCCCGCCUCUUCGCCUACCAACAUGUUCACCUUCCGCCGCAAGCCGAAAAAGUCAGAGGACAACGGCGGCCCGCCCUUCAUUCGCACCUCGCCCUCCCUCCCCGAGCUCUCCGCGCAGGGCAUCCCCUGGCCUAGCAACCUCGUCGACCUGUCCCAGCUCCCACAGGACACACCCGCGUCUCCCCCUCGCGGUGCGGCCAAGACCUCCUUCACGGCCGACGCUGCCCACCCCGUUCCAUUCCACAAGCCGUGGUCGUCCCCGGGCAAGGCAACGGACAGCCCCACUGGGCGCCCGAUCGCGUCCUUGUACCUCUCCAGCCCGCCCUCCGCGUUCGAGACCCGCAAGAGCAGCCAUGGCUCGGCUCGUCCGCGCCCGAGCCAGAGGCGCAACAGGAACCCCACCACGUUCAAUGUCAUGGUGGCUGGCGCGCAAGGCGUCGGCAAGACUUCCCUUCUCCGUUUGCUCUUGGAUACGGCGGACAUCUCCCCGACCGCCACGGCAGACCAGAAAGCGGCGGUGGAGCGCUUUCUUCGCGGUCCGCCGAAGGGGACGGAGAGCAUACAGUCCGCCUGCGUAGAGAUCUGCGAGAGCAAGUACGACAGGCUGUUGCUGUCCGUCAUCGACACGCCCGGCCUCGACUUCCGGGAGGGACAUGAGCUCAAACUGGAACGCCAAGUCUCGACGAUCGUGAAGUACCUGGACUCGCAGUUCGCAGACACACUGAAUGAGGAGUCAAAGGUCGUGCGUCAAAGCAAAGGAGACCAACACAUUCAUUUGUGUAUCUAUAUGAUCGACCCCUCGUCCGUCCUGACCGAGGGCGCGCGCCGCGCCCAGUCCUCCUACCCCACCAAAGUGCGCUCAGAGGUGACCGUCUCGUACAAGCCGCCAGACCUCUCGUCCAUGUCGGACGACACCGACUCGGAAGACGAGGAGGACGAGAACGGGCUGACGAUGUCCCCCGCCGACAUCCGCGUCAUGCGCCGCAUCGCCGCGCGCGCGAACGUGCUCCCCGUCAUCGCGCGCGCGGACUCGCUCACGGACGCGAAGCUCGCCGCGGUCAAGAAGGUCGUCCGGCGCGACCUGCGCGCCGCGGACCUCGACUUUGGCGUGUUCGGGCCCGUCGGAGCGGACGACGCCGCGAAGAGCCCGGCCGACGAGCGUGCGAACGGGAACUGGAACGGGCACGGGCACACGAACAGCACCAGCCACGAUAGCCAGCACAGCGCCGACGACGCGGCUCAAGCCCACGGCGAUGGCAGCCGGCUCGCCAGCGGUUCCCCCGAGCCAAGCCAGGAGAACGAGAAGCCUCAGAAGGAGGAGGCCAACGGCACGGACCAGCAGCAGCAGCAGCAGCCAGAGAACGACGCUGGCGAGCGGCCCUCCCGGCCCGUCAUCAAGCUGCGCCCGACGCGGCUCGCGCGGCGGCCCUCACGGUCGCGGUCGCGUCUGGAGAUGUCGGAGACGACGCUCGCGGAGGACCCGCACGCGCUCGAGCUGAUCAACGACACGGAGAGCGUCGCGAGCGUGCGUUUCUCGGCGCACAUCGUCGCGAAGACGGACCUGAGCGCGCAGCUGCCCUUUGCGCUCAUCACGCCCGAGCACGUGCGCCGCCACCGCGCCCUCAAGGGCGCCGUCGCAUCGCCGUCGGAGGCGGGCGUAAACGGCCACGGCCACGGCUACGGAAACGGGGCGGACGCGCACUCCAGUCAGGGGCAUGCGCAUGGGAGGAGGGAGUCGAUGGUCGCGCCGUCCGAGGACGGGCAUGCGCAAUCGGUCGCGCAGGGCACGAUCACGUCGCCGAUCAGCCCUUCGACGACGGCGUCGCUGCGCCACUACCCGUACCUCCAGGGGCCGCCCGCGGACCUGAAGGGCGUGUUCGUGCGCCGGUUCCGGUGGGGGACGGUCGACGUGCUGAACCCGGAGCACUGCGACUUUGCCGCGCUGCGGACGGCCGUGAUGUCGACGCACAUCAAGCUGCUCAAAAUCCGGACGAAGGAGGUGCUGUACGAGAAGUACAGGACGGAGAAACUGCUCGCCAGGCGCGCGACGCGCAACAUCGGCGAGGACGAGACUCGCAGGUUGCUGGAAGAUCUGGGAUUGUAAUUGAUGAAUUCGGUGCCCUUGACCUGUAUCGGUGUUGCUUCCGUAUCUACUGAUAACCUUAUUUUCGGUCGAGCCGCGAGGUAUGGCGGCGACCCUUUCUGACGUUCCCUGAUGUUAUGUGUAUCGCUCGCUCCAUUCCCUCCCCCCCUUUUACAAGCCUCGGCUUCUCGUGUAUACCUCCAUGCUGACGUUCUCGUACGCUGUUGACCAUACUACCGCUUACGCCUUGUCUGUAGUUUGACCUCUGGAUUUUUGUCUUCACGCCUGCGCACGUCUUUCGUUCUUCCGUCCCUCUCCCCCCUCGCAUUGUCACCUGUCAUCAGUCACCUGUUCUUAUGCUGUUCGUCCUCGUCGGAGAUGAUCCAUUCCUUGUUGGUAUUUUCCGAAUACCUGCUCCAUUCUGAUACCGGUCGUGCUCGGUAAAUGUACGUGUUAUAUACAGACUAUCAGCUCUUGUGCUUCGCCUCGAGUUUCUCUAUCUCCUCUUCCGAUAGCCCGUCCAGUCUUACAAGAAGAUAAUCCACCUCUACCUCCUUCGUCAAUGGAAUGAUGUAGUGCUCGUACAGCUCCACGACGCCGUCUACGUCUAUCUUCCGGGUCGCCGAGUCGUCUAGCGGUUCGCCUUCCGGGGAGAAGUUGAUAGCGUACAGCGACGCUUUGCCCCGCAGCCUCUGCAGGAGCUUCUUCUCGACCUCUGGUUUUGUGAUCAGGGCCUCCAACGCCUCGCGGUUGCGCGACCUGAUAUGUGGGAUGAACGCGGCCGGGUUGUCCCUGAACUUGCUCUCCGAGACGAACUUCCCGUAGUGGACGCGCUUCGAGAUCGCCUGGAGCACCUCCAGGUCGACGAACGCCGCGCUGCCGUAGUUCCCGUCGUCCUCGUACUCGUCGUCGCCCGUGAUGCCGUUCGCGCGCUUCACCGCCGCGAGCGCGAUUGUCGCCGCGCGGGUGAUGCGGGGGACGAUGGACUGGGUGUAGAACGAGAGGAUGGACGCGUUCACGUUGAUCUUGUUCGGGUAGAGAAUCGGCGGGUGGGGGAAGGGCUUGAGGAUGGGCGGGGGGAGCUCGUUGAUGUCCGUGAACGGGUACUCGUCUGGGCUGGUGUACCUCCUCGCCUUCGCAUGGAAGGACUCCGUCUCUUUCAGGAACCACUCCAGCCAGCUGCCAUGGAAGCCGAUGUCUUUGAGCUCCUGGAUCUCGCCGCGCCGGUACGCCUUGGGGUUGUGCGCGAACUGCGCGCGCUCUAUGAGCGAGAAGAUGAUCGUGUCCUCGAGCCGUGUUAGGAUCGCGCGAAUGCGGUCGAGCGAGAGGGGAUCGCCGCCGAGGAUGAAGUUCUGUUCUGGGAGAGGGACGCUGGCCAUCGCGGGUGUUGUACUCCUCGUUCGAGAUGAGUUCGUUGCUCAAGCUUAGAGGGUGCGAACUGGUUGCUCGUUGAAGCACGAAGCUCACGGCGCGCGCGAUGCUGAACAGAUCGAGUCUUAUGGCCGCCGACCACACGCUGUGGCACGGCAAUUUCAGGUUAUGGGCUCAGCGUCCGUUGUUUAGCACUGCGAUAUCAUGACACCACUCCCUUGUCUCUUGACGGAUGGCGAUAGAGGUGGCAGUCCAAUCUAUCAGUCGUAUCACCGCGGGUUCAACGCUUCCAGUGCAGCGUGCCUUCACAAGCUGAAGACGCCAUUAUAUCGGAUAACUGAGGUUACGCCAAUGUUAUAGAUCCUGCUGAGUGGUUGACUCCCGAGCCACCCCCCAACAUCAUCUAUCUAUGCAAUGAAUACUCCUCGUGUUCGAAGUGACGCCUACGGUAGGUUCUGCAUUGAACGCUACUGGAGUCCCUUCGAUCCGAUGGAUGCGGCACGGGGUAACUUUAGCGGUCUCUGCACAUCCCCCUUCCUCAUCUAUGACGCCUACUCAACGUAGACCUCUACAAUAUAUCUGUCGAUCGAUAUCACUCCAGAGAAAGUCGCGGUACGGACUCGCCGUCGUGGUGCGAACAUGCUGCCCCACAUCGGAGCCUAGGUUGAGGCAAUUCAGUUCCAAGAACCACCUGUGGAGACUCACCU